UAACAGAUUUGUUAUUUUGUUUAUACAUUUCUAUUGUGAAUGUAAUGCACUAAUAAAGAAAAUUUAACUAAAAUGCUUGUUUUGCCAAUUUUAACGGUGAUUUAAUCUCGACCACCGAUCAAUCUCCUUCAUUUCUACACAAUCCUUGACAUUGGCGAAAUAAUCGUGUGAUUUUUCACUGUUUUACUAAAUUAGAGUUUAUUUGUAUGCGUCCAAAUUAAUCGAUUAAAAUUGAUUUUCAAGUUAGUAGAAGUAAUAUAUAACCAAUAAAAUGGCUAACUUCAAAAUCAUCACAAAAGUAUUUAUAGGUUGUUGUUUAAAUGCUUUUUUAAUGGAAAUUUUAAUGGCGAGAACUCCAAAGAGUGCAAAUUUAGUGACUUUUCUUCAAUUUGUCUUCAUUACCUUACAGGGUUUUAUAUCAUUGAAAUCUAGUAUGUUUAAACCGAAAAUUCCCUUAAGGCAAUAUUUUUUAUUAAUAUCCUUAUUUUUUGUUACUAGUGUAGCCAAUAAUUAUGUGUAUGCUUUACAUGUUCCUUCAACACUUCAUAUGAUUAUAAGAUCUGCAUCAUCAGUAGCCAGUAUGUUAGUAUCUUGGUAUGUAAAAAAACAAAAACCAAGAACAAAUGCCAUGAUUGGUUCAGUGAUCAUCAGUAUUGGAGUAUCACUUGCAACAUAUGGGGGUGCAACAGUAGUUGAGAAUAGUAAGGGAAAGUUUUUGCACUGGUGCUUAGGAGUAUCAAUACUAUUAUCUAUGCUAAUAGUUGGUGCUUUCGUGGGUUUGCAGCAAGAGAUAUUGUUUAAUAAAUAUGGAAAACAUCCUGAAGAGAUGCUCUUCUAUACUCAUUCAUUACCCCUGCCUUUGUUCUUAGGAAUGUACAUACAACUCUACGAUACAGUUUUCACUUUAACAUCAAUGUGUUGGUUAAUUCUUGCAAUUAAUAUUUUAACACAAUUUUAUUGCACACGUUCCGUCCAUGAAUUAGCUACUAAGGAAACAUCUUUGACUGUGACAUUUAUAUUAACAUUAAGGAAGUUUAUCUCUCUGCUAAUUUCAUCCGUAUUUUUUGAGAACAAUCUAACAGUUCUUCAUAUUAUUGGCACAGUAUUUGUGAUCACAGGAACAUAUUUCUAUUUUGACUUUUUUACUGAGAGAAAACAAAGGCCAGUUAGUAUUAAUGAUAGUAGAUACAAUACAAAACAGAAAACUAUUUAAUAAGCAUUAUUAUAGUUAUAUAUAAAAUAUAGAAGUUAUUUAUAAAAUCUGUUAACCUAAUCAAUUUUAAAAUAUAUAAAUGUUGACAUUAUUUUUAAUACGAAUUUUAUGAAACAAUAAA